GGUUGGCUAAAAACAGGAAGAGAGGAGUGUGAUGAGAAGGAAGAUGGAGGUUACAGUGACAGAUGAAAUCAGAGGCGCUGUUUCCCACCAGAUGACUGAGGCUCCUCCCCGGAGAGAAGCUGUUCAUCGUCAUCUCGGUGCUGCUUUAAAAUCCUCCCACUUUCCAAACAGCCUCCAGAACAGAAAGCAGGAGGACACGGACACGCAGCCGCUCAUCCGCAUCAGAAGUCAUCUUACAGAUUUGUGCUGAAGGAGGUUCUGGGGAUCAAACGAAGGAAGCAUCAGAGUGGUGGUGAACAGACUCUCAGUUCUGGUUCUGAUCCACUGAAGACCAUGCUGUACCAGAAGAAGUACCUCUCAGAGGGCCUGAUCCAGAUGGCCAUCCUGCUGAGUCUGUGUGGAAUCAAGCUGGACGUGGGACUGGAUUCUUACCUGCCUCGUUCCUGGUAUGACAUGAUUCAGGGUCCGACCUCAGCACUGACCCAGACCCAGUUCCACAACCUCCGCAACCGCCUAGAGGAUGGCCACAGUCUGAACCCCAAGAGUGUGGACCUGGACCGGUUCUUCACAGCACAAAGGCUGUUAGACUGGGUCCGCUCUCUGGACAGGCUACAGGUUCCCCAUGCAGAGGUAGAGACAUGGCUGGUCCAGAGAGAACCACAUCCUUUCCCCCUGGGACGUCAACAUCAGUUCUCCCUGAUGGAGGGAGCUCCUCCUCAGGGAAGGAGCGACCACACGUCCCCAACUGUGGAGCCCCAAGCUAACCUGGAGGAAGACGAGGAUGGAGAAGAUGAAGAGCUGGGGGAUGCUGCUGGUAGAUAUGUGGACUCUGAGAGCCCUAGUGUUGUUCCUGAUGGGCCCUCCAUGGACCUGGAUCUGGAAGACCAAUGGCAAGAUCUGCUGGCAAUCCUGGAGCCUGAGAACUUGGAUUCCAGACCAGACGGGAAUCUAAAUGCUGUUGGAUCUGAUGGGAAUGUGAUCCAGCAGCUGGACCAACAGAACCUUCUCACAGGGAUGGCUUCUCAGCACGACUUGCUGGGAACUGGAAACCAGUCGGAUCUGGGCCUGGUUCUGCUUUCUCUCACUCCCAGCUCGGAGCUGGACAACCACGGAGAUCUGCCUGCAGAGGACUUCUUCAUGGGUCUGAAUCCAGAAGACAACCUAGUCAACAUGGAUCCAUCAUCUCCAGAUUUUAAGGGAAUGCUAGAACCUGAGAGCCUCUCUGAAGCUGGUGUUAACUUUCCUUCUUUUGACCUGGUGACUCCCAGUUUCAUCACAACCUUAGAAGGGAAUUAUCUGAGCCAGGACCUUCUGGGACCUUCUGAUGCCUUUCUGUUGGAUGAAGAGGGUGUAGAUGGUCUCUGUAGCCCACUUGGUGACCUCUUAGAGGAUGCUUCCAUCUUGGAUGCUGUGAGAAUGUGGGACCCAGUCCUGGAAGCAGGAUUUGAUCUGGAGAUGGCUGCCGGGUUGGAGGAGGAAGGCUGCGAUUACCACGCAGGAAACCAGCCAGAGACUGGCAGGGAAGAUCAGAACCAUCCAGGAAGCCCAGAGGACGAUUCAACCAGCUUCCCGACACACACCGAGAGUUUUCGAACCUUUUCCCCUUCCCCUGCCCUAGACAGUGAGGAUGAGAUGGAAUCGGACUCUGGUCUCUCCCUGGACUUCAGUCACAGUCCUGUUUCUUCUUCAUGUGUUUCUAAUGGCUCAUCUUCAUCAUCGUCCUCUCCAUGGUGUGGGUCAGCUGCGGGAAGUCUCUUCUCAGAAAAUGAGGAUGAAGAUGCUGAGGACAGCUUUGGUUCAGAGAUGGAAGUGGAGGAAAAUCUGGAGGAGUUGGGAGCAGUUGGAGGGUGUUCCGGAGAUGUGAAAAAUCUCUUUCCAGUAAGGAUAAGUGGGAAUCAUGAACUGUUCCACAGACUUUCCUGGCAGGAACAUGUCAGUCAUGAUCACACGUACAACCAGGACUGGUCAUCCACCACUUCACUUUCCAAGAUGCUUCCCAGAAGGACCAAAUCCCAGCGCUCCUUCUCCAGUCACAUCACUGGGACCAAAUUCUGGAGCCGGGAUGAGCAGCGAGCCCGAGCCCUCAGAGUCCCGUUCUCCAACCAGCGGAUUGUUAGCAUGCCGGUGGAGGAAUUUAAUGAUCUGCUGAGCAGAUUCCAGCUGAACGAGGAACAGCUUACCCUCAUCAGGGACAUCCGGCGGCGCGGGAAGAACAAGAUCGCUGCUCAGAACUGCCGGAAGAGAAAACAAGACGUGCUGCAGGGGUUGGAGGACGAAGUGUCGGGUCUGAGGCGACACCGUUCUCAACUCCUCCGAGAGAGAAGGGAAGCUCUCAGGAAUCUGCAGGAGAUGAAGAGCAGGUUUGGAAUGCUGUCCCAGGAAAUCUUCUCCAAGCUUAGGGAUAAGGAAGGGAAGCCACUGAACGCCACAGAGUACAUCCUCCAUUUUGGAUCGAGUGAUGGUGAUGCAGCGCAGAUGGCAGAUAAAGACAGCAAGAAACCCAGACACAAGGAUUAAAACCUGGAAAACCGGAAGAAUACAGACACUGACUCACCAAACCGGCAGCUAGCACCGCCAACGUCUGCAAGGAAGCAGGACUGUUUCUAUGGUUACGGGACAGAAACUGGAAGGCUGCGAUGGUGUUUGGUUCAGUUUCUAAGAUCUGACAUCCUUCUAGAUUGAUAUGUGGAAUUUUUAAUCUAACAAAAUACGGAGUGAUUGGAACAUCCAUGAUUUCAAGAACAUGUUUAAUUUCAGGGCAACGGUGCACCUAAUGAACGUUCCUGAAGGAAGGAAACAUUCCUGACGGAGUAAACGCUUCUGAAGGAAGGAAACAUUCCUGAAGGAGGGAAAUGUUCGCGAAGGAAGAAAAUGUUCCCGAAGGAAGGAAAAGUUCCUGAAGGAAGGCAACGUUCCUGAAGGAAGGCAACGUUCCUGAAAGAGGAAAAUUUCCUGAAGGAAUAAACUGUUCCUGACUGUGUGCAAAUUCCAAAGAAAUGAUAGAAGCUGUUUAAUCAGUAACUAAGUGACUGAAGGAAGAACAGCGAUGAAGACAGAAGGAUGAAGAGGACGCCGUCCUACGCAGGGGGCCAGCCAGCAGGGGGUGUGGCAGUUCCUGAUAAAACAGCUGACAAGACUUGUCACAGUAACAUCACCUGACCCUUCUGAGGACGACUACGUCACGGUAAUGUCAGACAAAAAGAAAUUAGAUCUGAGCUGAAAAUCUGAUGGAAACCUGCUGACUGAAGGCCUGAAACAGAAAAAACUGUCCAGAGACUCCAAGUCCUGAAGGAACCCCAUGACUGCCUCCAUGUUGGAUGACAUCAUGAACUCAACAGUCAUUCCCGACUUCACAUCUGAGCUGGAGCUCUGCAGGAACCGGAGGACUCUGAGGAGGGAUCCUUCUGCAGGACUAGACUGGAUUAUUAGGUUUUACUUCUUCCAUGUGAAGAGAAGGAGCUUCCAGCUGAAAAUGCGAAUUUUCAGACUGAAGGAGCCAUUUAUUUAUCUUUUUACUUCCUGCUGUCUGUUUGAAAUGUCCACAUUAAAUCCAGAAAGGUCGGAACUGCUGCAGGAGUGGUGGGAAUAACCCGGGAUUUUCAGAGUAAAUGUCUCACAUGACCUGUGAACAGAACAAAAUCUAUAGUUAUUAAUUUUAUCUUAAAAUCUUUGGAUCAUGAAGAUCCUUCGGUGACCUGAACCAGAGAUGAUCAUGUGAACAUGUGAGUGCACGUUUCAGCGUCUAACAUAUAUGUUUUUCUCUUUCUGGAGGAGGAUCAUCUGGAAGAACUGAGUCACGGAAGCAGACUUUAGGAAUCCAGGAACAUUUACUAAAUCUGACCAUUAAAAGAUCAACAAACAUGCAGCAACACAAACUAAAGGCUACGCCCAGAAAACAGGAGAUACAAAAACUAGCAGCAGACCUGGACCAGAUGCUGAGGUCCUGGUUCAGUCCUAGACUAGGUUGUGCAGACCUGGUUCAGACCUGGACCAGAACCAAGAACCAGACUUGAUCUGGACCUGGAGGAUCAGACUUCUCUGGUCUCAGAGGACCAGACUGGUCUGGGUCUCGGAGGAAGAACUGAAGCAGAUUUAAAGCUGAAGGUCUAAAACAGUUUUUUUAAGGUCUCAGUGUGAAAUUAAAAGAUUUAAAAACAUU